GGUACUUUUGUGUACCAUGGUGUAAAACAUGGUCAUAGUUAUACUUCUCAACAAUGUACAAUUAAUUUAGUUAAAACUUUGUUUGAAUCAUCUUCAACAGUUGCUAAAUCAUUAUCAUGUGCUAAAACAAAAUCAAGAGCUAUUGCUUGUAAUGUUCUUGCUCCAUAUUUUACACGUAAAAUACUUGAUGAAGUAUUAGAAGCACGUUUCUAUUCGAUAUCAUUUGAUGCUUCGAAUAAAGGAAAUACUAAAACUUAUCCAUUUGUUGUACAAUAUUUUUCUGAUAUUGAUGUAAAAAAAGGUAAAUAUGUUUUACUCUUUGAAAUUUAUUUUUCAUUUCUAUCUUUAAUUAUAACUAUCUUACGUUUAGGUCUUAUUGAUUUUAUUGAAGAUUCACGUGAAACAGCACUCGACAUAUUUAAUAAUAUAAUCAAAGUAAUUGACAAUCAUCAAUUGAAUAUUCACAAUUUGACGAGUAUUGGUGCUGAUAAUGCUAAUGUAAAUUUCGGUGAAUAUCAUUCAGUAUUUAAAUUAUUUAAAGAUCGUUUACCACAUAUUUUCAAAGGUAAAUCUAAGUGGUUAAGCUUGCUACGUUCAAUUGAACGAUUAAUUGAAACAUAUGAACCAUUAAGACUUUAUUUUUUAAAUCAUCAAACAACAAUAAAAAAGUUCACCACGGCAGCUGAAAACAUGCAAAUUUUAAUAUCAUUUUUUAAUAAUUCUGAUGGUUUAUGUACUUUAAACUUUUUAGAAAUUGUACUAGAUGAUAUUCAACAAGCUGAAUUCAAACUGCAACGUACAUGGACAACAGCUGUUGAUCUAUAUCGUAUUAUUACUAAUUUAAUUAAAAAAUUAGAACAACGAUUACAUAAUAAAUAUUUUGGAAAUGAAGUCCAUUUGAUAUUUAAUCGAUUAAAAGAAGUUGACAAAAAUAGAGUUGAAGAAUUACAAGAAUCAUUUGAAUUAUUCAUAAAAACUGUUGUUGAAUAUAUCAAUUCGUAUUUUAAUCCUGAAAAAGAGUUCUAUGAAAUAUUGUCAGUUUUAGAUAGUCAAUCGAUUCACUUUCUUGAAUGGGAUUACUUUAUGAAUCUUGUCAAUUUAAUCAAAAUAGAUGGUAUAAAUAUAGAUGAAUUAUAUAAUGAAUAUUGUGAAAUUAAGUUUAUAUACGAUAAUAUGAAAAAUAAAAAUGUUACAAUAAAUGAACAAAUAAAAUCAUAUAUUUCUAGUAAAAAUGUUUAUAAUUCAGAAUCAGCAACAAAUAAUAAUUAUGAAAUUUUAUGUGACAUCAUUGAUAAUGAAAAAGAUGAUGUAUUAAAUAAAGAUCAAGAUUCAAAAGGAUUUAUUCAGUCUGAUCAGUUAUGGUCAUAUUUGUUGAACAUCAAACCAAAUACUACACCAAAUUUGAAAUUGAUUAUUUCUUAUGUAUUUUCCAUUCCUUGCAGCAAUGCUUUUGCUGAAAGUAUAUUUAGUCACAUGAAUCACCUAUGGUCUGAUUAUCGAAAUAGAAUGGAUAUGGAAUUAGUUGCUGCUGAAUUACAAAUUAGAAAGAAUGCUAAUAUUUCUUGUAAUGAUUUUUAUAAAUUUAUUUUAUCUCAAGAAGAUUUAUUAAAAAAAAUAGCAUAA